CUUGUACACUUCUUCCCUCCAGUCCACUCAGCCAUGACCACAUCUCAACUCCUGGCCGCCGCUAGCCUCUUCAAAAGGCGGUUGAACGACAAUGACGACAAGCACGUCUGUCCCGUGGAAAACACAGAGGGCCCCCCCAUCGUCCCUUUUGUCAGCGACCUGACCUUUCACCAAUUCGCAACCAUACUCGCGGGCGCCAGUGCAAUCGUCAGCACGGUGAUUGUGCUCGGGCUGGUGGUAAUGCACGCAAUCAACUACUCGAAUCCCGUGCAGCAACGCCAGGUCAUCCGCAUCGUGUCGCUGAUUCCCUGGGUCGCCAUCUUCUCGUUUCUCAUCGUCUGGCAGGAAAGCGUGGGAGAGUACCUGGAUCCGUCGCUGGACCUGGGCUGUUCGAUUGCCUUGUCGUCGUUUCUGCUCUUCAUGUGCGAUCUGAUUCUCUCGCAUGGCCAUGGCUUCGACAGCUUGUUUGGCGAGGGCGCGAAGUCCCAGAGCGAGAAGAAGGGCAAGAAAAGCCCCAUGUCGUUGAGGCGAAUGUGGUACAGCGUCCUGCAAUUCAUCCCCACCAGUGUCGUCGUCUGGAUUGCAACCGCCGCCUCCCUGGCUGCCGGCACAUACUGCAAGCAGUCGAAUAGCAUCCACUUUGCGCACAUCUGGCUUGCCAUUAUCGCCGCCUACUCGACGGCGCUGGCCAUCAUCGGCUCGCUCGUCUUCUACAAGCGAAACAAGGAGCUGCUCCAAAAGCACAAGAUUAUCCUCAAGCUGUUUACCUUUAAGGGUGUUCUCGGUCUCAAUUUUCUGCAGUCGUUCAUCAUCUCCAUCCUCGCCGGCAAAGGCGUCCUCAAGCCCACAAAAUACAUGACCUUCCACGACGUCAACACGGGUCUUACCUCGCUGCUACUGGCGUGUGAAAUGCCCAUUUUCGCCGUCCUCCUAGUCUUCGCGUUUUCCCCCGCGCCCUACAGGAACCAGGGUCCGCCUGCCGCCAGCCCGCUCAACGCCAUUGUCGAUGCCGUCAAUAUUAGCGAUUUGCUGUCCGCUUUUGUCUACGGCCCAAUGCGCUUGGUGCGCGAGCAGCAGCGCCAGAUCCUCAGGCAGAAUAGUAUGCGUGUGCAGAUGGGCACGUCGGCUAGCCAGGAGGAUCUUAAUGCGCAUAGUCGUGUUUAGGGUGCGUGUAAUAGGUUGAUGUGGGACCAUUCAGCAUGCUUGGGAUUACGCUGUGAUGUGAUGUGAUUGUGGAUUCACACUCUGGCGUGCUUAGGAAAUUACUGUUGAAUCAUGAUACCUCUAGAAUAUUUCGUUAUCUCUGUCUGUUUUUUUUUGACUCUUUUAUUUCCUGUUUUUUUGUUUACGUAUCUGAUAUCCUACUGGUUCACACACACACACACACUAUCUCUCUCUUUCUCUCUCUCU